AACGCCACGCCGCGACUUAUUGUUACACUACGUAACCCGAUCUUGGGGUUCAAAGACGAGAAGGGCUUUGUGGGAAGCUGCAUGUGCCAAUGUUCAAGUCUCUUUUCUUAUUUAUAUCUGAGCACCUUACGCGCGAGGCGGGGGGGCCGACACUGAUGCUCCGGUAGCGAUUGGAUCCCACUCAGCGAGCGUGGUUGCCACUCAUGAAUGGAGAAAUUAGAUCUUGUGUGACUUGGCCAUCUGCGACAAUGGGCGCGAUUAUGCGGGAAGGCGAUGAGAUUCUUUUCAUUUGGUGUUCGGCGACUUGCAUUAUUUCUACUCUCAGCCCCAGCCUCACCUAUUAUGUUCAGAGAUAUGCUACCCAAACCCAAGUAUUGGCUCCCUUUUUCCUAGUCACGAUAACACAGCUUAUGAUGAACGUGACGCUGCAGGGACGCAUCUAGCCGUGCUGCGGUGGAUUCGGAGAUCUGAUUUUGUUGUAUUCCGUUCAAAUAUUACCAAAUUGGGACCGUACAUGGAUAGGGUAUGUAUGAAUGCAUAGGAUGAAGAAGAAGAAGAAUACGUUUGAGAAGCCCUCAUCUCGUACUAUGAUACCAGCUUGACUUGUUGGCUAUAUGUAAGAUACUGUAAAACACGCUGUUUGGAUGAUGAAAUGGAGAAUAAAAACCCCCCUAUCAAUUAUCAGAGAAUGGCGAAUAAGUUGUGUCGAACCCCUGCUCCAUUGAAAAAGUGACUACAGCAUAUUUGAACAGAGCUCCAGGAGAUAUUGAUCCCGCAGCUACCACAACUCAUUUGCUUUAUGGACGAUGCUAUGGACAUGGAGUUCAAGGCUAGCCUU